ACUCGAAAGGGUUAAAAUCUGGGCUUCCAGGGAGCAAUGCAGAAACGCGAGAAGCGGGUGGGGGUGUCAGUGGGGAUUCCCUCCCCCCACAAAGAAAGACCGCUUCCUCUUCUUGCAGGGAUUUUUGCUUCUGAAUGGCUGCGGGAGAGGUAAGUCUGUCUAUAUAUAUAUAUGUAUAUAUAUAUAUAUAUAUAUAUAUAUAUAUAUUUUCUCCUCCCCAAAAAAGGUCUUUGUGCAAAAGAAAGAUGGAGAUCCAGGAAAUGGAGACAUCAGAGGAGGGUGAGUGGCAGAAGCCUGCAUCCCACCACGACACCCCCCCCCCCAAAAAAAAACCAGCGAGGGGGGUGUCCAGGUCUUUGACAGCAUGGGGGUCCCCUUCCUUGGAAGAAGGGCAGAUAAUCUGGGACCUUAAAGGAACAAUAUCCCCACAGAUCAGAGAAGUGUCGCUUCCAGGCAGAUUUGAGCAAGCCGCACGUUUUAUGGGAACGUGGAAAUCUGCCUCAUGUAGAGUCAUAGGAUCGCAGAGGCGCAGGGGGUGUGCUGAAUUUUGGCCUCGCAAAGAGUGCUGCUGAAAUUUGAAAGGCCAACAUCUGCCUCUGUCUGUCCAAACCAAGCUGUUGCCGCUAUUAUUUUUAUUUUUUACUUCUGUUGCUAUUAUUAUUAUUAUUAAAAAUUUGUAUGGCUCCUUUCAUCUGCCGAUCUCAGAGCAGUUCACGACAUAAAAAUACAAUAUAGUAGCACAAAAUAAACGAUAAAAACUAGAACCCCACUCCAAACCAAUACCUCCCCUCUCCCCACCCCUCCCACAAAAACAUUUAAAAGGGGUAUAAGAUGUAGGUUGUCGUUAUUAGCUUUGAUAACACUAAUGCUGGAGGCAUGAGGGAGACACAAACGUCGUUCUUUGAACUUCCUUAACUCAUCUCCAAUCCAAGCAAUCCUCGCCGUAUAAUAUAAAUAAAUAAGAUUGCCACGUAGCAAGGUGCAGUUGUGUAUGAGUCGCUUUUCGUUUUUCUUGUAGGAAGAGCUUCCCCAUCAUGCAAAUCAGGGCACCCAGGCUGUGAUCGGCCCCUGAGGACACAGCUGCCUGUGAUCCCCAAGCCGGGCCCAUCCUGUCUACAAAACCAGAGGGUCAAGUCAAUCGGCUUAGACCAGGGAUCACCCCAAACUUGGAUGGUCACCUCUGCUUGCUCUGGAGCUGAAAAUGGAGCAACCAAACCCUGCAAGUCCAGAACUAGAAGGGAGACCGGAAGCAGGAGGGGACCUACCCGAAGGCGUGAAGGGGAAUCUAGAGUGGUCAGGCAAAGAAGAGCGGAAGGGGUUGCACCGUCCUGAGGAGUUCUUGAGGGUGUGGGGCAACCCAGUUCCUCUGGAAGACACACAACGGGACAACGUCCGAGCUUUCCUCUCCUCUUUCGAGCAAAUCGCCGAAGCCUGCCAAUGGCCCAGAGGAGAAUGGGUGGGCCGGCUCCGGCCUGCGCUGAGCAGCUCUGCUGAACAGGCUUUGGGUAGACUGGAAGCCGCUGACAGGGAAGAUUAUGGGAAAGUGAAGGCCGCUGUCUUGCGGGAGGAUGCUGUGAGGAUGGAGGCACAGCGCCGGGACUUCAGGCAGUUCUGCUACCAGAAGGCCGGAGACCCCCAGAGGGUUUAUAGGCAGCUGCGGGAGCUGUGCCACCGGUGGCUGAAGCCGAAGAGACGCAGCAAGGAGCAGAUCAUGGACCUGCUGAUCCUGGAGCAGUUCCUGGCCAUCCUUCCUCACGAGCUGCAGGGCUGGGUCAGGGAAGAGGGGCCAGGGAGCUGCGCCCAAGCCGUGGCCCUGACGGAGGAUUUCCUGAAAGCUGAGACGUGGAAGUGGCAGGUCAGAGCGCUUAAUCCAAUUUCUCCAGGCACUUCCAGGUUGGGUAGUUGCCGUGUGCUGUGCAUGGGGCUGCCCUCGGAGACCACUAGCGGCUGGAUCCCUGGGUAGGGUUGCCGCUGGUACUCACAGAACCCCUAAAACAGCUGCCUUGGCUGCCAGGUUGUUUCUGCACUCAAUUUAAGGUGUUCAUGCUAGUGUUUAAAGCAGUGCUUCUCAAAGUGGGCAGUACUGCCCCCUGGGAAAGGGGAGGGGGCAUUACAUGGGGGGGGGCAGUGGGGAGCUGGCGAUGGAAAUGACUACCAGACUUGGAAAAGCUGGCAUCACUGGAACAAGUUCAUCAGUUUUGUUGCACUCAUUAAAUUAAAAUAGUUUCAACUGGAUGCUGAAUAAAUGUGCAAUUAAUCAUGAACUUUUUGGAUUUUGCAGUGGUACCUCGGGUUAAGAACUUAAUUCGUUCCGGAGGUCCGUUCUUAACCUGAAAUUGUUCUUAACCUGAAGCACCACUUUAGCUAAUGGGGCCUCCUGCUGCCGCCGUGCUGCUGGAGCACGAUUUCUGUUCUCAUCCUGAAUCAAAGUUCUUAACCCGAGGUAAUAUUUCUGGGUUAGCGGAGUCUGUAACCUGAAGCGUCUGCAACCUGAAGUGUCUGUAACCCGAGGUACCACUAUAUUAUGCUGUUACCUUCUGUAGUGGGCUGUACAAACCGCUGUUCUGAAUAAUGCUUUUUAUAGGGUAGGGUAGGGGGCGCAGGGGUUGCAUUUAUAGAACCGAAAGGGGCGAUGGCCCCCCAAAAGUUUGGGAGCCACUGGAAGUAUGUGGGCUGCAGGAAUCUGCCAAGGGAACCAUCGUUAUUAUUACCAUCGGUUUGUUAAUUGCCUCACUAAACCACCAUUUCAAGGCAAUUGACACGCAAUUGAAAACAGUUUUAAAUGACAGCAAACACAUUAAAAACCAUCCCAAGUGGGCCCUUGUGGUAAAAAGCUAUUCCUCCAGCCUGUUGGAGCAAAAAUGUCUCCAGAAAGUACGGAGAGUGGGCGCCUUUCACAUCUUGACAGGACUGAUAUUCCAGACAAGAGGGGCAGCCACUCUCAAGGCCCUGCUCAGAGUCACUGUGCAAAAAGGCUUCUGAGAUUUUUGGGGUGUGCAGGAGAGACACUCCCACAGACUGCAGGGAUCUCGUGGUGUGUAAGGCAUAAGCCCCUCUCUCAAAUCACCUGGUUUUGGGGGAUAUGGGACCUUGAACUUGGCCCAGGAUCUGACUGGCAGCCUGUGGGAAUCUCGCUAGCAGGGUGAUCAGUGCUGGCAGACGUUUGCCCCCACAAACAUGUCAAUUUUCUGCACUGUCUUUUGCACAAGCCAUUACGCUAGGGGAACUAGUAUGUGGCUCAGGGACUUUGGCUUAGGGCAGCAUUGACUUCCUCCCUGUGUUUCAGAUGCCGUCUCAGGGGACAGCCACCAGGCCCCUUGAGACAGAUGAGGCUUCACCAGACAACUCCCAGAGACAAAGUUACAUGGACACCACAGCACUGAAAUGUGAUGAGGACAUGAUUUUGCCAGGUAAGGCUUUAUUUUUAAACGUUUACUGGGUAAAACUCCAGCAGGCAUUGGAAGGAGGUCUUCCAGAGGACCUGUAAGCAGGUUCAAGAUUUUGGAGGAUUCUCCAGGGUGAGGGAAUGUCCUAAUUGCAUAUCGGAUUCUCAGAACACCUCCCUCUGUGCGUUGUUUCUGUCAACUUGGCACUUGAAUGGGAUGGAAAUCCUGCUUUCCUGAGACUCUGAAGAGCCUUCCUUGUGUGGCGGAACGUUCUCCCCCUCUCCUCUCCCCAAAUCUGUUCUGGGGUUUCCCCCUGACCUUCCCUAGCAGAUCUGGGUGGGCAGGAAGGGGAGGAAGUCUCCUUGUGCUAGUUCUAAACCUUGAGUUGGCGUACAUUUCAUUGAAUGCCACCCAAGAUGUGUAUCUGCUCCUGCUUGAAGCACCCCAGAAGCCAGAAAAUAAGUCCGCAAAGGACCUGGCCAACACCCAGUCUUGACUGGUGGCAUCUCUCAGGGGGUCUUGCAGCAGAGGACUUUUGCCAUCAUCUGUUUCCUAACUGCUUUUUAACUGGAGGUCUCAGGCAUGGAGAGCGGGAUAUUCAUGCAAUGCUUGUGCCCUGUCCCUGAGCCAAUCGUCUUCCUCUCUUCUGUCCCUCACAGCCAACGGAACGACGCUCCCAAUUCACCCCUGUUCCUUGCUUCCUCCUGAGGGACUGGAAGUGGCCGAAGCUUGGCUGACUGAGGUAAGUGGACAUCUCUCUUAGCGGCAGGCCUGGGGUGUUCCCUUGAGCAGGGUGAAUGUAAACGAUGAGCUAAGGAUCAGAGCACACCUGAGAAUGUGUGAGAGCCAGUGUGGUGUAGUGGUUAAGAGCGGUAGUCUUGUAAUCUGGGGAACCGGGUUCGCAUCUCCCCUCCUCCACAUGCAGCUGCUGGGUGACCUUGGGCUAGUCACACUUCUCUGAAGUCUCUCAGCCCCUCUCACCUCACAGAGUGUUUGUUGUGGGGGAGGAAGGUAAAGGAGAAUGUUAGCCACUUUGAGACUCCUUCAGGUAGUGUGAUAAAGCGGGAUAUCAAAUCCAAAUCCAUGUUUAGAGCGCAUUUGCCACAUCACUGGGGAACUUCCCAGCCCAGUUUAAUUUGUCUCAACCAUUUCUAUACCGCUUGAUUGCCAUUGCUUCUAAGCAGUGUGCAAAGUAUUCUGUAAUGGUUCUAGGGGUUGCUCGUGCGUAAGCCGGUGCAAACACCUGGCUGGAUUGCCUGAAUGAACCUUUUCUGUCCGGACAGCCACUCACCCGUGGCUGUCUCAAUCGCUGGCAGAAUCCGCCAGUGGGCGUUUCUUAAACUUCUUCCAGCAAAGAAGCUCUUUGACGCCUAGUCUCCUCCUACUCUCUCUGCGCGAAAGCCUUCUGCGCAAGGAGGGCGUAGGCAGCGGAGGACCUCUACUCUCCCCGCUGGUCCCCGGCAAGGAGUCAUGGGACCGCCUCGCCGCUUCCCCCAUCUGCCCCCCUUCUCCACUGGUGCUACGCUGAUUCUCUUCCCCAGAAGAUGGGCUGCCUCUCCCACUCCCGGUACGCUCUCCGGAAUCCCUCUGGAUUUUGCUCUCUCCCUCCGGCACUAAUGGCAGUUCCCUGACAUAUUCCAUACAGUACAAUGAAAAAGAGUGGAAAUUAUAAAAUAAGCCUGCUAGAAUAAUAAUAAUAAUAAUAAUAAUAAUAAUAAUAAUAAUGUCUUCAGUAAGUUCAACAGGGAGAAGCGUCUGUCUGAACGCAACCUGGAAGGGAGUUCCAUAAAAUGGGGCCCACAAUGGAGUGCUUUAUAUCCCACCUUUACGCCAAGGAGCUCCAGGUUCUCCCCUUUCUCUUACAAUCCCCAGAACAACCACCCUGUGAGGUGGGCUAGGCAGAGCCCAUGACUGGCUCAGGGUCACCAGUGAGCUUCAUGCCUGAGUGGGGAUUUGAACCCUGGUCUCCCAGGUCCUGGUCCCACACUCUAACUCUAACUACUACACCACACUGCCUCUCAGUAGCUGCUUAGGGAUGGGACUGGGGCUGCUAUUUUACAUGGCUUGGCAUUGUGAAAUCGGGAGUGGGAGUGUGUGUGGGAUCUUGGGCCUCCAUCUUUAAAUGGCGUUUUCUGGAACAGCAGAACCUGAGUGGGGGAUGUUUGGCUGUUUCAGGGCCCAGCGAGCGCCAAGGAGAAGGAGGAGCCUUUCUGCAAGGAGGAGGCAUCCCUGACACAGCCAGGCCAGAGGACGAUGUUCUGGCAAGUCAAAGAGGAGAACUGUGGCAUUGUGGGCUCUCUGGGUAAGGAAUAGCGUUUUAGAGGAGAUAAUCUAUGGUCCUCCAGGUGGGGCUGAGCCACAUCUCCCAUCAGCCCCAGCAAGCGUGGCCGAUGGCCAAGGAUGAUGGGAUUUGUAGUUCAGCAACAUCUGAGGGUUAAAGGUUCCCCACAGCUGGCCUAGGGCUUCAGUCCUAACUAGGUCUACUCAGAAGUAAGUCCCGGGGGGGGGCUUACUCCCAGGUAAGUGGCAGCAAACCCCAAAAACAUUUCAGGCUGCAAUGCUAAGCGUGUUUCCAAGGGGUCAGCCCCACUGGAGAAACUGCAGCACUUUCUUUUCAUACUCAACUCUACCAGGGCCCAUUAGAUACGAUUCAAGCAUGUUUACUCAGAGGCAAGUCUUGUGUGUUCAGUGAGUCUUACUGCCCAAUAAACAUAGUUUGGGAGUGCAGAGUGGGAUUUAAAAGGUGCUUAAUUUUGGCUAGGUUGUGUCCCAUAAACAAUAAAAAUGUGUCCUUUGGGUGAAUGUAUGUAUCCACGCAUGUACAUCUGUGUGUACUGAAUGAUUUAAAUGCACUCUGCUGGAAUACUGUUUACGAAAACAAUCUGUUUAUUUUUCUUUUUAAUUCUUAUAUAAGGAGAUAAAAAUGCAGCAACUUAGUUCAUAAGUCUCUACCCAUUGAAAACCACAAACCAAAAUAAAUACCACUACUUUGUAAGCCCCGUUCUGCAUGUCAACCAACAAAGAAAUAAAUACGAGUUAUAGCACAGCAGUAUAUAACUCUUUAAUUUUCUGUGGUUUUUUCAUAUUUACCUCUUGCUUUUGUUUUUUUUUAAGAAGGGGUAUGAAAAUGUCAAAAAGGAAUGUGUCCAGUGCCCAGAAUAGACUAAAUUCCAGGAAUAUUACUUGGAUCCAGAUUCUGCAAAUAAUAAUAAUUCUCUCUCUCUCUCUCUCUCUCUCUCUCUCUCUCUCUCUCUUCCCAUCCCCAGAGGGGCUUCUGAUUCCCAAACUGGACCUUUCCUUCCAAUCGGAAAAAGGAGAAAAGAUGUUCUUGCAGGAACCAGAGCCAGGUAAAGGAGGCUGGUGAAAUCUGCUGGGUGACGCUUGCAGUUUGAGAAGAGCUCUGCGUGCUAAUGGCACCUGACUUUCUUCGGCAGCUGCCGGGGGCCACUGUGCUAUGGCAAGGGCCACAGCCGAUGCCUGCCCUGACUGCUCCCCCCCCCCCCCAGGCUAAAAAAUACCUUUAAAGAUUCAGGACUGACAUGAGAAAGGACUUCUUCACAGGCUGCAUCGUUAAACAGUGGGAUUUGCUGCCACAAAAGAUAACUGUAGCCACAAAUUUGGCUGGCCUUAGGACAAGUUCAUGGAGGAUGACCCUGUUUCUCACCUGUGCUCUUGAGUGGGGGGGGAGAGAUGCCUCUGAAUGCCCAUUGCUGAGAAUCACAAGUGGGGAGGGUGUUGUCGGCCCCUGGAAGAAGAGCAUGUUGGACUCCGUGGGCCUUUGGCCUGUUCCAGCAGAGCUCUUUUUCCAUACUUAUAACCCAAAGUUAGAGAGACUCCCUUCAGGAAUCUGUGGCGGGAGUAGACAAUGAUAAUCAGGAUCCCCUGAUAACUGUCAUUGUUCAGUGUGGAUCACCUAAGUUUCCUGACAAUGCAGAAGUUCAUCCCCAAAAUUAUUUGUGGAACAAACAGCCAUGUUUGCUCACUUGGCCGAGUCAGGGGGUUGUGAAGAGGUGAGAUUCAUUGGGAGACCUUAGGCUAGGAGGUGUUUAGGGCUCACAGGACAGUCAUCUUAGUAUUGCCUCUCUCUGCAAAAAAAGAAGAAAAGUUUGGGGCAUGUUAAAUCCAUGUCUAAUUAAAAGAGCAGCGACUGUCGCUGUGGAGUCUGAAUAAGGAGAGCUCUAGCGAUCAGUCACUUGUCACUCAGCAAUGAAGAAGCCAUGAAGGAUUUGAAGUCCUGUUUUAUUAAAGGGGCGAGUGCUAAGGUGUAAUUCAGAUAAUAAAACAGGUCUCCCUUAAUUUUUUGUUAAAGGGUAGCAGGGACUAUGGAUCCAACAUCUGGGAUAUUUGCUUGGUUCUGAUCUUAGUUGGCAGAAGUUGUUAAGUAGCUUUUUACACAAACAAACACCUAGUAUGUAGUGGUACCAUUUUCAUUCAUAGGCUUCCUUGAUAUUUUUGAAUUGGAAAAAAAGAAAUCUGCUGCUCUAAAUCCACAGGAGUUCUGAUUUAGUCUCCUCAACUUGAUUCCGUGAAGAAAACUCCUAAAAGUCUGCUUGCUAAUUUUAACUUAAUCUAUUUUUAGCCUGCUGGCAAAGAAUUUGAGAUAGAAACAGCCCCUUCCAGCCUUGCCCACCUGGUGCCCUCUGUCCAUUUAAAACUGCAACUCCCAUCAUGCUCCCAGUACAUCUCCAGGUAUGGCUAGCAAUGCCCUUGCCUGAAGACCCUGCAGAGCCACUGCCAGUCAGUGGAGGAAAUACUGACCUCGAUGGACCAGUGGUCCUAUGGGAUGUGCUUCUGCAUGCAAUGCAUGUGCUUUGCCACUGGAGACAGAGCCUUUUACAUGGUGGCACCCGAGUUAUGGGGCUCCUUCCCAAGAUAUGAUUGCUUGGUACCAUCUUGACCAUUAUUAAUAUUAAACCUGGAGGGCUUUAACAGACUGGAGACUCUAGAAGGGGAGAAGGCUCUUCUGCUCAGAUCCUGCUUGUGGGUUUCCCUUGGGCAUCUAGUUUCAAUAAUUUUUUAAAAAAAUGUUUUUCGUUUCACCACCACUUGCAGGUAAAAGGAGAGAGAUCAAGAUGGAGAGUUCCCACCCAGGGGAAGCUGUGCCAGAGGGAAUGUCCCAGGGGAACGUUCCUUGUUUAGCUGAGAUUGCAGAGCAAAAGCGUGAGUCCAAAGGACACCAGGAAACAAAGGAAUACAGCAAUCUCCCAGAAGUUCCCGUUAGCGAGAACACAACACAGUUUGGAGUGGAAAAGCUCUUCUCCUCAUAUCACGGGAGGAACAACCAGCACAGUUUGGGUCUGGGUACGCUAAAUGCAGAAGAAGGUCCUUACGAAUGCCCCGUGCGUGGGGAGAGCUUCCAGCGAGGAUCUGCCCUGGCUGAACACCAGAGGAGGCACAUGGGAGAGGAACUGUGCGAAUGGUCUGAGGGCGAGAAGCCCUUUCCCCAGCGAGAGAUCUGGGUGAGCCAUCAGAGCGGCCUCAUGGAAGAGAAACCAUACGAGUGUCCCGAGUGCAGGAAGGGGUUCAGUUACAGAGCGACUCUGAUGCGGCAUCGACGGAUCCACACCCAGGAGAAACCGCACAAGUGCUCCCACUGUGGGAAAAGCUUCAGCCAGAGGACCAAUUUGGUGAGUCACCUGCGAAUCCACACCGGAGAGAGGCCGUAUCAAUGCUCCCAGUGUGGGAAAGGCUUCCGGUGGCAACUCCAUUUGAAGAGGCACCAGAAGACGCACACGGGAGAGAAGCCUCACGAAUGCCCGGACUGCGGGAAAAGCUUUUCCCGGAGAGAUACUUUACUCAAUCACCGGAGGACCCACACAGGGGAGAAGCCGUACGAGUGCCCCGAUUGCGGGAGAAACUUCAACCACCCGUGCAACUUAAUUGAACACCAGAAGACGCACACAGGGGAGAAACCACACAAAUGUCCCGAGUGUGGGAAAAACUUCUCCCGGCGGGAUACGCUGAUCAAGCACCAGAGAACCCACACAGGGGAGAAGCCUUAUGAAUGCCCCGAGUGUGGGAAAAGUUUCCAUCAUCCUUGUAGGUUGAUUGACCACCAGAAGAUUCACACAGGAGAGAAGCCUCACGAAUGCCCUGAGUGCGGGAAGAACUUUUCUCGGCGAGAUACGCUGAUCAAACACCAAAGGACCCACGCGGAGGAGAAGCCUUAUGAAUGUCCUGAGUGUGGGAAAAGCUUCAUUCAGAAGAAGGCAUUCAUCAGACACCAAAUAAUUCAUUUAGGGAAUACGUCCAGCUAAUAUUCUUGAAAAUGCCACAUUCCACAGAAAGAAGAGGGAGAAGUGUUGGUUACAUCCUGAUUUGCAGUGGGGAAGCCAAACCUUAUCUAUGUCACGAGACAUAGGCGGAUGACAACAGAGAAACCUAGCAAAAAUAAGCUGAAAUAAGUAAAUUGAUUCAGCAGGAAGGUUAAAGUAAUAAUUGAUUAAUAAUAGAAAUUGGAUGUUUUCAGCUAUCAGAAAAAGAUUUUUUUUAAAGGAGGAGAUACAGUUGAUGUCAUAGGUAUUAUUCUAGAAGAUAUAUAUGAUCUGAGUAGAAAAAUAAUGGGGUUCAAGGAUGGAGUGGGAGGAAAGUUUAUUUUGAAGAGUCUGUGUUGCACCAACUGCAAUUGAUAACAAAAUGGAUUUUGUUUUGUGGAUGAAUAGCUAUUCUUUUUUAAAAAAGAAGCAAGACCCCAGCCCAAGUUGAUUCGUUAAGUCCCAAAAUGUUCUAGACUCCAUUAUGAAGUAUCUCAUUUUGAUGGUUCCCAACUAAGGCCAGGGACACAUCACAAGGGCAGCUACAGACCCACAAUGAGAACAACAGCUCCCAGUGACAGUGUACAGAUGUGGAAGUGUGAACUCCACAAAUGGGAGAAAUAGGACUCCACUCUCUUUUUGCAUACUUGGCAGGGACAAUAAGGAGAUCCUUGCUGGAUCAGGCCAAAGGUCCAUUUAGUCCCAGAUGGUGGUACAUUCUGGACUGACAAAAGAAAGUGGAAUUCUCUCACAUAAGGGGCAGGGAAGGUCUUCAACUUGGCUGGCUUUAAAAGAAGACUAGACACAUUCAGGAAUGGCUACGUGGGGCCUCCACUGUCGGAGGCACCAGGUGCCUUUGAGUUCCAGUUGUGGGGAAUCUCCGGGGUGGGGGAGAGUAGGGGUGUUGCUCUCAGGUCCUCUUGGGGGCUUCCCACUGGGGCAUCUGACUGGGCACUGGGAGAAGAGGAAUCUGGACUAGAUGGGCCUCUGGAUUUAGAAUGAAGGACCACCAACAUCUGCUAUUGGGUCCCUGAAGGACAGAUUCACACAAGGCGGCAAAACGUCCUUGCAGGUUAUUAACAGGAUUUUAUUUGAAGUGCAUAUGCAAAACAAAGGUACAGAGCAAUAAGUUUGCAAUCUGCACACCCCAGUCAGGGUGCGCCCCCUUUUAUAGAUUUGCAGAAUAGAAUGCCACCUGAUCUCUUGUAAGUCACUUGAUUUCUUGUAAACCACCUGAUUUCUGAGAAAUCGAAAGUUAUAAUAAGUUCCUAUUACCAUGUAAGGUCUUGGUCUUCUUCCUCCUUCCUGCAACCUCCCUCAUCCGGGUAUUACAAUGACUCCUUGUUCCUUAUCUCUAUCUGCCCAAGCUAGACAUUCCAACGAGAGGCCCAUUUGCAUUGUAACAUUUAAGCAUGUCCUUCUGGUUGGUGUAGAAACCUCCCCUUUUACUAUAAUAAUAGAACAGUUAUAUUGUAAUAUGCCCCUUCAGCAUUGCCUUGUCGUGAAGACCAUUUAAGAUAAGAAGAGACCGUUUUCUGUUCAACUCUUAUGACGCCAUCUUGGUUUUGUGGUUGUAACAUCGUGACUGGUCUGUAUCAUUCAUGUUCCUCUCUGGGGCUCUAAAUGGGGUCUUGUUCUGAGUGUCACUUUUGGAUAUGAACUUGUCGGACUCCUUAUUAAUUGCUUUUCACUUAACAUAGAGAUUAGCUGGGAUUUCAGAAAGUUAAACAAAU